AUGGAAUCCGAGAAGGAUAGUCGACAGCCCAGGUUUACACACUGUGCAAAGCCUUUUUAUUUGUGCGCUGCAGCUGUGAAUAGUUUUUGUGCGAAACGCGUUUGAAACAAGGAAAGGGGAAUAUAAACACAUCUUUCGUCCCACAAUUUCAAGACACUGUUUUCAUUAAGCCAAAACGUCGCAUCAUGGGAAACGUAACGAGCAAUAGAAGAAUGUAUCCUGAUUUUUCAAGAAGUUACAGAGUUACUGUGUACAAAAUCACAGCCCUUGCUCUUGGAGUUGAGGUCAGAAAAAUAGAAGAUAAAAGUUAUCCCGAUAGCCACGAUGAAACUACCAUAAAGUUCUUAAAAGCUGCCAUUCAUUUCCUGCCAAUGGCGCUGGAUGAUGGAGCCGAUCUCAAAAAUGCUGUGUUUCUCUUCGCUAAGGCAGGGAGCGAGUUUGUCGUUAAGGCUGGAAGAGGUGACUGGGAGUAUUAUUUCUCCGAGGGAAAUUCUAACCAGAUUACUGGUAAAUGCGUUCGCAAGCCCUGGUUGAGGUUCUUUUGGGACAAAGUCUCAUCUGCUGUUUGCCGUUUUGGUGAAACACUGUUAUCCCUCGGUACAAGGUCCAUCGGAGCCUUACCGGGGGUUUUCUAGAGUGACCCUAUCUGAUGGAAUGUUACUAAAACUCAUUAAUACAGUAAUGUUUAUGACAUACUCCCCUCUUCCAAUAACUGAUUUCCUUUGCACCUCAAUUUUCAUCAGGGUAAAACUAAUUUUUUUACGUCAAGGGUAAGUAAAAAGCCCUUCAAUAAGAUUUUAGAGUGCUCAAAUUCCUUUUGUAAUUAUCAAAUUCAACUGAAUUCCAAUUACCCAGCAUUGGUACCACUUUCUUUCAAAGGUAGUAACAUUUAAAUAGAACAGAAAAAUGAGAAUACAUAUAUAUGAUAAAAAAAAGAGUAGUCCAUAACGAUUAGCGAUAACAUUCUGCAGAUGAAUAACUGUAACCCUUGGACGUACAUAAAAAUUAACUCACGCCCCAACUUUUUCUAUAGGGGAGGGGUGGUUGGAACCCUUCUCUCCUUCAGCGUUACGUUGCGGUAUUUUGAAAGGUUUUUACCUUAUAUAGAUAGCUUGUUAUGUCGUCUACGGCUAUGAUGUUAAUAUUAUUGGACAGAUAUGCAAACGACGCUACCAGGGGCCGUAGAUGUUAUCCAAUAUGGCGGAUCGUUUUAGUUUUUCAUUUUCUACACUAUAACUUUUGGCUUGUCAAAAGAACAGUAGCCAUUGACCUUGACAGGAAAAUACGACUUACAAAACAAAUGAUAGGUUUACUGUAAUUCCCUUUUCAACUAAAAAACCUUAAAUUCUUUCGUAGCUCAUAUCAACCCUUAGACCACACCUCACUUUUUAUUUAGGAUAAUCCUAAACAAAUGAAUGAAAAUGUGAUAUCUUUUAGGAGACUCGUCUAAAACAAGUUCAUUCAUUUGCCUCAAAGAGAAAACGAUGCAGAAUAUUUGCUAGAAACCAUUAUGCAAUUUUUAUGAAUCUAUGUUUUGAGAGUAAUAAACGAUUUUAGCAUGAAAAGUGCACUUAAAACGAGAAGAGUCAAUGGCAUCGAGCUUUUAUCACUUCGUCUCAUCAAUUUUUAUAUAAAGUCGUUAGUACAAUCACAUCGUUUAGAUGUAUUCGAGGGUCUGGAUGGGUUUAAGUGUAAUCUACCCAUUUUUUUCUUAUGUGGUUUAUGAAAUGUGCGAAUUUUUAAUCUUUGGGGAACCGUCGUUGUUAUUGCCGGGGGGGAAGGGAGUAAGGCGGAUUUUGUUUGUGUCACAAUACAAUUUACUUGAUUCCCCCUAUCCCCCCCCUCCCC